AUGGCUCAAACGCCAGCUACCUCCAACAGCUCCGUCAGGCUCGAACGGGACGCCUCCCAGGUCCCAAUCACCUCCGUGGGGCUAUACACGACGCCCUCGGGCAAAGUGUACAUAUUGGCCGGCGAGGACGGUGACUUGACCGUGUACCAUGGCCGUGCCGCCGAGACCGAGGAACCCAUCUAUCGGAUUUGCGUGUUUGAAGACCAGCCCGUCCAUGGCAUCCGCGUCCACAGGGAUGGAACAUCGUCGGCUGUCAGCAUUCUCCUCUGGGGGGCCUCGUGCGUAGCUCUCCUGGACGGAACCCCCCUCGACGGCGCAAACCGCCCUGUGCUUGUGGCAACCUCGUCCGCACCAGACUGGAUCCACGACGCAGCCGUGUGCCCGGGGGACUCGUCUGUCGCGGCCCUGGCGACGGCUCACAACGAAGUCGUUCUGUUGACGUAUCACGCCGACACCCGCGUCCUGGCCACGGGCGCCGUCGUCUCCCCCUCGAGACCGAUGCUCUACGCCUCCCAUCUACGAUGGACAUCGCCCACGUGCGUCCUGGUCGCGGCAGGAACGGUGUUUGGCAACGUCAUCGUCUGGAAGUGCCACCCCGACUCUGCCUCUCACACCAUGCUCUUUGUGCUUCGCGGCCACGAGGGCUCCGUCUACGGCGUCGACAUUUCGCCAGAGCUGACGCUCCCGAAUGGAUCGACGGCUCGUCUGCUCGCCAGCUGCAGUGACGACCGGACAAUCAGGGUGUGGGACAUAAGCAACCACGAGGGACCCCACGAAUCCACCCUGGAAGGCGUCACGGAAACCGGCUUCAAGGCCGCCGAGCGCUAUGACGAGGUGCAGGCCGUCUGUAUAGACGGACAAGUCGUCCCCGUUGCGGUGGCAAUGGGCCACGCCUCUCGCAUCUGGGGCGUCAAAUUCGGCGUCCAAGACGGCCACGUCGUCCGGCAUGGCAGGCUGCCAAUGUAUUCCUUUGGGGAGGACUCUACCGCCCAGCGAUGGGACUUGUCUCUCGGUGAGUCGCUGUCCGGGGGCACCCUCUCCCACCGGCGGACGCACUCGCUACACGACGGCAAACACCUCUGGGCGCGGGCGCUUGACGUGCGACACGGCUGGAUUCAUAUCGUCAUCGGCGGCGCGGACGGCAGGAUAAGCCUCAUCGAGGAAGCAGCUGCCUUUGCAGGGGCUGGCGCCCAGCUGACCACCACUGACGUACCGCAUCUGUUACAGGCGACUCCGGAUUCGUUUAGUACCCGCGAGAUGAUCAGUCGGUACGACUUUAUUCUCGACGACACCAUGCUCGCCAUCACGAACUUCGGCAGGCUGUUCCUGGGCGCGUUGUCCGGAACCCACACGUGGGAAGAAGUCGGUGUUGGCGAAGAUGUCGCGCGGGACCUGAAGUCGUGCUAUGUCCUGCGGAAAAUCGGCCACGGCGCAGCGGUAAUAGGAACUACCAGCGGCAGCCUCUUCUCCUUCAAGGCUGGCCAAGUCAGGCCGGUAGGGAGCGUCCCGGGGAGAAUCGUGGAAAUCAACCACCUCGCGAGCACCGCCGACGCCAUCGAGCUGCUGGUUCACCUCCACGGAACCUCGGCAUCACGGUACGUAACCCUCACGCCAGCAGGGUCCCUCGUCUCGGAACACCAAGUCGAGGGUCUCGACUCCCGGUUCGUCGCCGUCUCCGCCACAAGACUGGACGACCUGCUCGUCAUGGGUUCCCGCCACGGAUGGAUGUCUGUCCUCGUUCAGAGAGACAAGACGUGGCGCUCGAUUCUGGACUUAGCAACACGCAGCCGCGACGCAAUCACAUCCAUCGUCCCCCUCCCCCUCCCGCCCAGCCAGACUCUCGCAUCAGACUCAAGAUAUAUCCUCGCCACCAGCCGCGACGGCAAAUACAGAAUAUACCAGAUCCGACGGACCACGGGCGUCACCGCCACGCUUGACCUGGCCCUUGUACACGAGACGAGCCCCCCCUUUGGACCCAUGAUAGAAGGAGCGUGGUUUUCAAACACAAAAAGCCCGCAACUUGUCCUCUACGGCUUCAGGAGCCGAGAUUUCGUGAUCUGGAACGAAUCUACGAGGGAAGAGCUGGCGACGAUUAACUGCGGUGGUGCGCACCGCACAUUCCGACUCAACUACAGCGCGGAGCAACCGGAGCGAUACAGGCUCGCGUAUACCCGGACGUCGAAGCUUUCCAUCUACUCGCAGACUCGUGUGCCGUAUCGCACGGUAAAGUCGGGCACGCACGGUCGCGAGAUACGCGCCCUGAGCUCCAACAAGCGAUAUGUUGCGUCGGGGUCAGAAGACACCUCCAUCAGGAUAUGGGAGUAUACUGCUGCGGAUGGGGAGAGGAACAAGAGUGCCGGGAUGCGGUGCUUGGCAUGUCUCAAGGCGCACAUCACGGGAAUCCAGAAACUGCACUGGUUCGAAGACGAUUAUCUGUUGAGCAGUGCCGGGAAUGAGGAGUUUUUUGUAUGGCGCGUCCGGGCACUAGAUUCUGCGUACGAGGGUCUCGCGGUUGUUUGCGAGGGCACGUUCGCGGACAAGAGUCCAACCAGGGAUUUGCGCAUCAUGGGAUUUGACGUUACGAGGGUGGCAAAAGGAGGAGGGCUGGUCAUUACGCUGGCCUUUUCCAACUCGACGCUCAAGACUUAUGCGUAUGACAACGGGCGUGGCUUCAGCUUGCUCGCGAGGGGAGUCUACACCGGAGCAUGUAUCACGCAACUGAGACAUCUUGGCCACGGGGAUGGGCAACUUUGGAUAGUGACGACGUCUACAGAUGGGCACAUGGCUUUGUGGAGGGCGGACGCAGGAUCCCUUGCCUCGGGCAGGCUCACGCUGCGGUCCGCAGCUCAAGUACACCAGAGCAGCAUCAAAAGCCUGGACAUGGCCAGGCACGAAGACACAUUUCACAUACUGACGGGGGGUGAUGACAAUGGCCUCGGUUUGACGCAAGUUGCCGAGGUCCGGGACGAUGCGGGCAACACGGAGUACGAGUUUGCUCGUCGCGGAAUCGUUCGCGACGCUCAUGCAGCAUCCAUCAAUGGCGUUGCACUGCUGGCGCAGGAUCGAGAUGGAGGCCGGGACAAUCUCGUGGGCGUAAGCGUCAGCAACGAUCAGCGCAUCAAGGUUUGGAGAAUCGCGAAGCACGAUCCGGAUCGAGCUACACUGGCGAGUUGCGUCACAAGCGGCGUGGCAGAUCCCGGUGACGUUGCGAUUGUCGACGAAGGGAGCUUGCAACCGGUGAUGAUACUGGGCGGGAUCGGAGUCGAGGCGUGGAGUCUUGUGCAACGAACGACAUGUGACACGUGA